CAUUUGCCAAAUCUGGAUGAUCUAUGUUUAAAAAACGUCUAGAAUCUAAAUACAUGUAAUAUUUCGACAAAUAAUAUGGAUCAGAAGGAGUAGUACAAAUUUUGCCAGGAGCCAGCGAUUGGAGCUUAUACUACGAAGGAAAAUGAAGUGAGCAAGCCAGCAGCCCCGAACGGCUUCAACUGAAAGUCUGAAAACCGAAUUUGAACACCUCGCCCCCAAUAUCUGACCCCCUUCAAUUGCAUUAAUCACAUACAUACACAUCCCUGCUGUAUACCAGGCUAAAGACUUUCCAAAACAAUUGCUGAUUACCCGCAAAUUAUGCACUGCCGUUCUUUCUCAUUUCCUCCCUGCUGGACCUGGUCACCUGGACAGCUAAGUCCGCGAGAGUUCUCUUCUCUGUGCUGUACCCGUAUCUACCUACCGCUGUACAAACUUUCUUUAACUAGCCACACUCCAUUGGCCCCGUUUAUGUUCUGGCUGCUGCUGUACUCGUUGUCUCGUAGUGUCGAUUCGGGGAAGCAAUCCAUGACGUUCUCGCUCUCGCUGUUGGUCCCGCCGACGGCUCGCCGCCGUCGCCCUGCAGGCCGCAGAAUCGGCGGCGGCGGCGGUUCUCCCACGUGGCACUGCCGCCCCAUCGCCGUCCUCCUCGUGCUGCUCUUCUUCGUCGCCGCAGCCGCCACCAUCGUCACGACGCUCGAUCGCAAUGAGGACGAGAAUCUGUACUCGUCGAUGCUGAUGCUGCUGCUGCUCCGCCGCCCGAGAUCACAAGCCGUGCUACCGUCAGCCGCCAACGAGACGGCGCCGCCGGCCGGGGAACGCCGCGGCAGCAGCUGCGAGAAUAACCGCCAGCAGAGCAGCAGGCCUCCGGGGAGCGAAAUGCUGCCAAGGGGCAUCGUGCGGGACAAGUCCAGCUUCGAGAUGAAGCCGCUGCUGGGCGGCAACGCCACUGAACAAGAACAACGGCCGGCCAAGAGCCUCCUGGCGAUCCCCGUUGGGGUCAAGCAGAAGGCGACCGUCCACAAGCUCGUCUCCAAGUUCCCGGCGGCCAACUUCACAGUGAUGUUGUUCCACUACGAUGGCAUGGUGGAAGCGUGGGGUGACCUGCCGUGGUCGGCGCGAGCGGUGCACGUCGCGGCGGCGAACCAGACCAAGUGGUGGUUCGCGAAGCGGUUCCUGCACCCGGACCUGACAACAGAGUAUAACUACAUCUUCCUCUGGGACGAGGACAUCGAGGUGGACAACUUCGACCCUAUGAGGUAUCUCGACAUUGUCAGGAUUGAAGGUCUCGAGAUCUCGCAGCCGGCGCUCGACAACCGGUCAAAUAUCCACCACCGCCUCACCGCUCGCGUGCCGGAAGGAGGAACGGUCCACCGACGCUUGACAGGGAAGGGGAGGUGCAGCUACGGCAACAUCACGGGCCCUCCCUGCGCAGGGUGGGUGGAGAUGAUGGUGCCGGUGUUCUCGCGCACGGCAUGGCGGUGCGUGUGGUACAUGAUCCAGAAUGACCUCAUCUACGGGUGGGGGCUCGACUUCAAGCUCGGAUACUGCACGAAGGGAGACCGGAGGGUGAACGUCGGGGUAGUCGAUAGCGAGUAUGUCCUCCACCGAGGCAUCCCCGCGCUCGGCGCUGGUGACGGUGACAUGACUACAACUACAACUUCUUCGCCGGUAGAGGGAUCACCGUCGACGACUGGGAGGCAAGCGGUGAUGGAGCAGUCGUACGCAGAGAUGAGGAUUUUCAGCAUGAGGUGGAAGGAGGCGGUGGCGGAGGACGAGUGUUGGACCAAUCCUUACCACUAGUUCUUGGCGACCGAGGGCUGAUCGACGGUGACCGGCAGGAUUGUCACAGGCGAUGGUGGCAUGACAGAGGAAGCACAACACUGGACAGUUAGCUAAUUCUGCAUUGACGUUCAGCCUUCUCUAGAUCGUGCUACGUGGAGAGUAGAGGACCAUAUAUGUCAUCAACGUACCAUGGAAUGGAUAAGCGCACAUUUUUGGUUCUGUCAAUUAAUAAAAUAGCGAGCAUGUAAUUUGUAGUGAUACUAAUUCUGGUGACAAAGCUCUCCAUCCAAGCGCACAUUUUUUUUUGGAGAAGUCUUACAUAGGUUCUGUUUGAAGAACAAAUCAACAAACAUUUGAUUCAGAUUGGGUUUUUGAAUUUUUGAAUCAAAUUUCUUCGAUGUUA